AUGAAGGGUUACCCACACUGCCAGACGUCUGAUGAUGAGGCACGCUACUUAUCUAUCAAGGCAGAUAUAAAUUGUUUCUCAUGGUAUAUUUAUCAAGAAGAAGACAGAAUAUGGAUGUUUGAAGUACCUAGCCAAACAAAUGACAACGUGGCAACCAUUGUUGGCAAAGUGGUUACUUUUCAGGAUUGUUUUGUUCAGGAUAUUCCUUUUAUUAUUGCCCAGCCUAAAUAUACAUUAGGCUCAAAAACAGGAAUUUCUGUCACUCUUCCAGCUGGUAGUGAAGCCAUAAUAGAAUGGUAUCCUUGUUAUCCAAGAACAGGUUACAUAGUGACAGUUGAUGGUAUCUUCCACACUAGCAAUGGAUUUUUAAAUGUAGAAGAAAUAAAAUUUCCUUCAGGACUCAUACCAUCUACCAUGAUACACAAAGUCAAAGCACUAGGAAUUGUUUUUCCAAAUGUCUUCAUUCUGAUUGAAAACAUGCUUUAUCAGGCAAGAGUAGGCGAAGUUAUCAAUAUUGGAGAGGUGUAUUUUCCACAUGUAAAAUUUAUUGGAAUACGAACCCAAACUUGGUGUUCUGGAGAAUAUCCUUUGACUAAUUUGGAACAUUAUUUUCAUAAUUUUGUUUUCCUUCAGGAGAGAAAAUUAAGUGAAAUCAUUUUAUGGUCACAACAAGAAAUUUUCCUUGGAUAUCCUGACAAUGAAUUUCAUCCAUUGAUAGCUGUAGGACUAUUAAGAGAAAAACUAAAAUUACAAAGAACUGUUACUCUAUUAAUAGUAUCUGCUUGCUAUGACUCACUUAUUGCUUCAAUUGCAAUACUAAUAGAAUGCACUGGCUGUAUAAGCAAAAACGUAUUAUACCUGGUUACCUAUAAAGAAGAUACAGAUAAAUGGAUUUUGACAGACUUUAUCCUAGAUUUACCCACUGUUGGUACCAUACAAAUGGAAGUCAUACUUUCAGCAUUAACAUCCAUGGUGUUGUGGGAUAAUGAUGUCAUUUUCUAUACUUACAAAGAGCAUAAACAGUAUGGUUAUCUUCAGGAUUAUGAUACAAAAAGCAAAUUUUCAGCAGUAUCUAAAGGAUCUACAAUUCAUCAAGUUAUUAUUGAUUACAUUGGAAAUGCCCUAAUAAAGCUGGAAAAUAAUGAUCUGUUUUUCUUCAAAUUUGAAGUGACAGAUAUUGUAAAGCUUCCUCCUUGGGAAAACAAUCUUAAAAAGUUUAUUUUUUAUUUUAAUCCUUCUGGAGAUAUGUAUUUGCUGACAAUCAGUGGCACAAGUAUAAACCGCCAGGUAUAUCCAUUGAAAUUAGAAGUGCUUAGUGCUGCAUCAAAAUUGAAUGACGUUUGCCCAUAUAUAUUAUUUGAAAACAAUUUGAGUCUCAAUGUUCAUUAUGUAGAUAUGGGAGACGAGGUGACAUUUUGGGGUCAGAUAGUAUUUUUAGAAAAUAAGGGCUUAUCAGUAGAUGUUGAAAUUUAUAGGCCAGAACUGUUGAAGACUAAAGUCCUUAUCAAUUAUGAAAUAGCUCGUGGAAUCUGCACUAAAAAUAAGACUGUAACGUUUUAUCAUGAAAAGGAUUAUUCCGAAAUGCCUGAUUAUCGAACUCAGGUAGCAUUAUCUCAAGGUAUUGUGACAUUUGAAUUUCAGCCUUCAGAAUCUGGAAAAACAUGCUUAACGAAAAGCAAGCUUUCUCACAUACGUGUUGGCUGUCCUCCAUGGAAAAAUAUAACUGUAGACAAGAAACCUUUACAAUGUGAGAAUUUUGCCUUCACUAUACCUUGGAAGUAUCUCAGAGACAAAAGCCAUAAAAGAAACAAGGUAGUAAUAUAUGAUAUAAAGAAAUAUGGAUGCCCAUUACAGAGCCAUUAUAUUCAGGACUUUCUUCCUCAUGUUAAGAUAUAUGACAAAAACCCCAUACCAGUUGAGGUAAACUAUAUAUUGUGGGAGAUGAAUGGGAGGAUUGACUUUGCCUACAAGUCAACUAUGGAAAAGGUAAAUUGAUUUAUGAUUUUUGUACUUUAUGUAUUAUUAUUUUGAA